CUUUUCAAACGAGACAGAUGGUCACUGGACUCACUAUUACCUACUUUAACGCACAUUUCAAAUUGUUCAAUUAUCAUGCAAUCCCUUUCCCACAUAUUUUUUUUUCACUUUCCUUUCCAAUUGACCCCCUUACUAGGAAUCACUAAUCUCCCUCACCCUCUCCCUCCUUUAAUUCUCAUUUUUCAGUCAGCAUUUUCUCCACUCCACUCCACUCCACUCCACUCCACACUCCCUCAGUUCCAACAUCUAAAAAAUGACGACAUCUUUCCACUCCAUCACCCUUUCCACUCUCUUUCUCCUCCUCCUUUUCCUCCACCCUCUCUCUGCCACGCACCACAACAAUCACCGCCGCAUUCUCCACCACCCUUUCUUCCUCCCCACUUCCCCUUCUCCCUCUCCUUCUCUUUCCCCUUCUCCUCCUCUUCCCAAACACCCUUUCUCUGACUCUCUCCCCGCCUCCCCUCCAACAACGCCGUCAACCUCCGACUUCUCCGGCGAAAAUCCCUUCUUUCCAACUUACCCAGCCUCCCCACCACCGCCUUCUCCGCCGUCAACCUCCGCACUCCCAACUUUCCCGGCCAACAUCUCCUCCCUUGCUCUCCCUUCAUCUUCUUCCUCUUCUCAUACUCACUCCCCUCUUUCCUCCAAGCUCAUCAUCAUUCUCAUCCUUCUCUCUCUUCUCACUAUCUCUCUCAUUGUCUCCCUCUCUCUCCUUCUCCACCGUCGUCGUCGUCCCCAUUCCAAACAACUCCCUCAUUAUCCUUCUUUAAAACCUCAAUCUCCGCCGCUUUCUCCGCCUAAGGUUGUUCAAACCAAAACCCACCAUCAUGUUUCUCAUAAUAGCUCUGACUUUCUUUAUGUCGGAAACACUCUUACUAAUUCCCGCGAUUUUCAGCCAUUCACUGAUGCUUCCAUUGAAUUACCUUCUACUAGCUCUGAAAUCUACCUUAAACUUUGUGGGGAUUCUCCUGAACUUCGCCCUCUUCCUCCCCUUCCUAAAAUUUCUUCUUCCCAUGUUAGCUUUGAGCAACAAGUUCAAACUACCCAUGUUUAUACAAAUAAGAAUGAUGAUGAUGAGUUCUUCUCUCCCACUAGUUUUUCUAAGAAGGUUUCCUUUGAAGAAGAUAAUUAUGGCUUAAACUGUUCACCUGCUAGGAGUUACAGUGAUUUUCCUGCGUCUGAUUCUGAUGUUUCAGUUGAAAUUCAGACACUCGCUGCUAGGACUCACCAUUUUCCGACGAGUAGAAAAGUGGGUCCACCAGAUCCACCACCACCACCUCCUCCUCCUAUGGCGGGUGUGGGACCUCCUCCAUUAGUUCCGCCUUCUGGUCCAGUGGUGUUCAAGAGUAGUGGGAAUUUGGGGGAGAGAAGAAAGAGUGGAGAAAGAAAAAGUGGAGAAAGAAAGGAAGAAAAUUUGAAGCCAAAAUUGAAGGCAUUGCAUUGGGAUAAAGUUAGAGCAAGUUCUGAUAGAGUUAUGGUGUGGGAUCAGCUUAAACCCGGCUCCUUUCAAUUGAACGAAGAAAUGAUAGAGACAUUGUUUAAGGCAAACGGCCCUUCAAAAGAUGGUCCUCGUCGAUCAAUAAUCCCGUCAAUGGAUGAGGAGUAUCGGAUACUUGAUCCGAAGAAAUCUCAGAACAUAGCCAUUUUGUUGAAGGCUCUAAAUGUGACAGAGCAAGAGGUUUGUGAAGCACUUUUAGAAGGUACUGCAGAUGCCCUUGGGACAGAACUUCUCGAAUGUUUACUAAAGAUGGCUCCUACAAAUGAGGAAGAAAGGAAACUGAGGGAGUAUCGUGAUGAAUCACCUUUGAAGCUUGGUCCGGCAGAGAAAUUCUUGAAGACAGUACUUGAUCAUGUACCUUUUGCGUUUAAAAGAGUAGAUGCUAUGCUUUAUAUCGCAACUUUCGAGUCUGAAGUUGAGUAUCUAAGGAAGUCUUUUGAAACUUUAGAGGCAGCGUGUGCUGAACUUAGAAACAGCAGGAUGUUCUUGAAACUUCUAGAAGCGGUCCUAAAGACAGGAAACCGUAUGAAUGUAGGGACAAAUCGUGGUGAUGCUCAGGCUUUUAAGCUCGACACGCUCCUAAAGCUCAUCGAUGUUAAAGGAACUGAUGGAAAGACCACACUUUUGCACUUUGUCGUGCAGGAGAUCAUUAAACUCGAGGGCUCUCGUGUAUCCACCACCAAAAACAAUUAUCCGGCCGAGAGAACAAACGGUCAACCAUCUUUGCACAACGACAUCGAGUUGAGAAAGAGAGGCUUAGAAGUAGUUACCGGCUUAGGAGGGGAGCUGAUGAAUGUCAAGAAGGCAGCGGCUAUGGAUUCCAAUUCCCUUAGUAUGGAUGUUACCAAGUUAGCUCGCGGAAUUAUAAAAGUCAGUGAAGUUCUGCAGCUUAACGAAAUGUCUGGACUCGUCGAGACUAGCAAGAAAUUUACGGAGUCUAUGAAUGGUUUCUUAAAGAAAGCCGAAGUGGAAAUCGUAAAAAUUCAAUCUCAUGAGAGUAAUACUCUUUCCAGGGUAAAAGAGCUGACCGAGUAUUUCCAUGGUAAUCUCGCCCAGGAAGAGGCUCGUCCGUUAAGAAUUUUCAUAGUGGUAAAAGAUUUCCUUGGUGUUCUUGAUCAAGUAUGCAAGGAAGUCGCAAAAAUAACCGAGAGGACGUUUAUAUGUUCGGCUCGUCCUAUUCCGACAUCGGUAAAUCCACCACCACCGCCGCCGCCAUUCCCAGAGUUUUACAGGACACAAGGAGAUAGCUCCUCGGACAACGAAAGCAUCUCGGAGAAGUAAUUCUUUUUUGCUAUGUCUUGAUGAGAUUGUCCACAAUCUGUAUGCUAUCAUAUAAAUAUAUAACUAUAUAUAUAAAUAUUAAUAUAUAAUUUGAUGUAUAGAAGUCGUUGCUGAAACCUUAGAUUGUGCAAAACUUUGCACAUUUUGUAAGAAAUGGUUUUGGUAUAGCUAAUAUUUUGUACCAAAUGCAUUUGAUCCUGGGUAUUUAGUAGCAACAACAGUAGGUAUACUUAGAGUAUUUGGGUAGGGACAUUUUGGGUUGGCAAUGGUGAAUGUAGAGUCGGACCAAAUGGGGCAUAGGCCAAGCAGAUGAGUUAAUUUUCUGAAAUUCAUUUAAUGGUGAUGAGAAUUUCUAGAGUUUCUUAACAGAUUCAGAAUGACUGGGGACUACCAAAACAUGACAUCCCGUGUAUUUGUACGUAUCAACAGAACAUUACUUACAGCAACAACUCAUAUGAGGACCCACUUUAUACUUUACUGUGAAAAUUGUACGCUUGUUUUAAUUAAGAAACUUAAAAGAGAUUACAACCAUCGAAAAAUAAAGAUUACAAGUUUAGAAUAACCUAUUAUAAAUACUAUGAAAACAUUAAUUCUUACUUGAGACCGUCUCUAUAGGAGACUACUCAAUAUGGACCGGUCUAUUUUUCAAAUUUAAAUAAACAAAUUUA